GUUUUUUCGCAACUAAACUAAUUCUCCCUUUAAAACUUCUUUAUCAAACAACAACUUGCUGACCAUGCCUUCUUCAUCUGCUUACGUGACUACUGGAUUUGUCGACUCGGAUGAAAUCACCGAGUUGCCAGCACAACAAAUGUUGGCCAGUAUGUCAAAUCGUCCGGCUUUGGCUGCGCUUAAUGGAUUGAUUUCUUCGUUUCCAGUUGCCAAAAUCUUCACUUCAAACUCUGUGCCAAUCAUGGUUUACAGACAACAGAAACAAGAUAAUUAAAAAGUUUAUAUUUAGC